AUGGUUGCUCCAGAAACGGAAGAAGACGAUGAUAUGUUGUGUCAGCUAUUACAUGCCGUGUGGAAGGAGAUUGAGCUCGGAGAAGCAUCAACAUAUGCCCCCUAUAUUGGUUACCUUCAAGCGUCGCAGUCGGACCGAGAAAUGAUACCCGUACUUUGGUCCAAUAUCGGGCGCAGAUUACUCAAUAUGGUCAGCAUCACCUUGCCACGAAAACACAUUACGACGUGGAUUGAUGGCUUUGACAACUGCUUUGACGCAUUGAAAAAAAGUGACAACAGCAGCUGUGAUGUACCCGACACAGAAAACUGCAAGGCUCCCGACCUUGAUGAUAAAGAUGACGACCAGCACCAAGACAUGGAUGAAGAACAAGAAAUAGCAGAAGAUGGCAGCCUUAUAACACACGACGUCGACGCCAUUGAAAAUAGUGAGGAACAAAAGGCUCAUCUCAAGGCGUUUGAUAUUGCAAUCCAACAUCAGAUCGAUCGACGUUUCCUUGUGCCCUUGUACGAUCAAAUACAGCACCAUCACGUUGAAUAUAAUGUGAAUCACACAAUUCAAGGGGACUAUUCUGUAAAAGUGGUGGCAUUGAAGGAUAUUGCCAAAGGAGAACAACUACAACGGCAGACUCUGACGUGUUUGUCGGAAUGUGAUGGAUCCAAGAAGGAUACUGUUACAAGUGUAAUGAGAAACCAUGGUCAGGUACAAAACCAUCCUCACUUUUGGAACUUCCCCGUUGGUGUGUCCUUUGCUUACGAUCCUUCCAACAAGGAUGAGCCCAUACAAUGGGUCAAGAAACCAUUUGAAUUGUGGAAUGUGGAAAUUAUGGAGAACGAAUACUCUCGGCAGCUUCGCGUGCGAGCAGGAGAAAUCAACCAGUCUCGUCAGUCAAUACCCGAUGCGGAGUGGAAGCAGAUUGAUGCAUAUUCGCAUGCCCUAAUUAGUGCGUUGCAAGUCAGCGUUGCGGAUGCCUAUGAGAUGUUUGAUGAAGAUGGCAACAUCAAAGAGGCAAUGCUGAAGGAACAGGAAGAGGAGAAAGAAAAAGAAGGAAACGAGGGUGACGACCAAGGGGACGAAGGGGAAGAAACUGAAGAGGGGGAGCAUACUGGCGACGGCGAGGGUGAAGAGGAAGAAUUUGAAGAGCUUUUCGAAGAACAGAUGGAUGGCGAAAGUGACGAAUGGUAUUGCGACAAUUCUUGCUUUGAAAAUGGUGUGCCAACCAAUGCAUCUGGCUGUGACGAGGCGGAAUGUUUCCUUGGAGACAUUGCCGAUCUUAGAGGAUGCCCAGACUAUCGAUACAAUGCAAUCCUGAACGAGACGGAAUGGGUACUCAUGAGGAGUGCCUACAUUGCAAUCGUGGGUCCAAAGAAGGCUACGGUCAAUCUAACCUACUGGAGUGGGAUGAAAGUGCCCUUUCGCGUUGGAUAUUCACCAGGAAGGGGGCGAGGCGUAUUCUCGGUGGAGGACAUUCCGAAGGGUACCCUCGUCUGGACUUCCGAGCAUACGGCAGCCUUCGAAACGGGAAUUCAAUAUAGACAAUUCUUGCGCGCACUACCUGAUUUUAUGGUGUGUGAUCUUCUCAUUUGGUGUUAUACCGCAAAAGAUAUUAGCGAUGUUCAUUACAUUGGCUGCGACCUUGAUGAAGGGUCCCUCUUUAAUACAUACGACGAUAGAGCAGAGUACAACAUUGGAGGCUUGAAGGGAACCAAAGUCGACUUCAAAGCAAAUGAGCUUGUUUAUGCACUAAGAGAUAUCACAGCCGGAGAAGAAUUGGUUACAGCCUACGGAUCGUUUGACACUGAUGACUUUGCCGCUUUUGAUUUGUAA